AGGUUGACUCAGCCUUCCAUCCUUCCAAGGGUUUUACCAUGAAUCGUACUUUGGGGAUGGAGGCACAGGCUCGUCUCACAGAUAUGUUGGAGAUUACUGCCCAGAGUCUGGUGCACAUGGAAGUAGCAGAACACUACCAAAUCAUCAAGGAGCUGGGCAAGGGGAAAUAUGGACAGGUGGUCCUGGUGAUGCACAGGCAAAGAGGGACCCCGAUGGCUCUCAAGCUACUACCUAAAUCUAGCACCAAGCUCCAGAAUUUCUUAUAUGAAUACUGUGUGGCACUCUCACUUUCUCCACAUCCUGCCAUCAUUGGUAUGUUUGGCAUUGCUAUAGAAUCCAGCCAGCAUUACGGUUUUCUCUAUGAAGCAGCCCUCCAUCGAGACCUUAUCUCCAUUAUCAAGCCCAAGGCAGGCAUUCCUGAGAAGGCAGCCAAGCUCUGUGCCAAGCAACUGGUGAGUGCAUUGGACUUUAUACACAGCCGGGGCCUGGUGUAUCGAGAUGUUAAACCAGAGAAUAUCCUGCUUUUUGACCGUCACUGUCACUGCAUCAAACUGACAGAUUUUGGAUUGACCCGACCCCAGGGCACUCUGCUGCAGCUUGUGACUGGGGUCAUCCCUUACACUGCACCUGAACUAAGCCGUGGCACUGCUGGCACUCCAGGCCUAGCCAUUGAUGCCAGCCUUGAUGCCUGGGCUCUUGGGGUGCUGAUCUUCUGCUUGCUCACUGGCUACUUUCCUUGGGAAAAGACUCUACCCGAGGAUUCCUUUUUUGACGACUUUGUGAUAUGGCAAGAAUCAGGUUCAGAUGAAGACCUGCCAUUUCACUGGCGUCCUCUGUCUCAAGAUUGCAUUGCUAUGUUACAAAAUCUUUUAGCCCUGGAGCCUACCAAGCGUGGCCCCAUCCGCCAAGUACUCAGCUACCUGGAUCGGCCGUGGCGAGCAGACGUGGCUGCUAAAACUGCCAUCUGA